AUGUACUAUUCUGAAGAAAUAGGACUUCCGAAAACUGAUUCCUCGAGGUGGAGAUUGAGAACUGAUCCCCUUGGAAGAGAAACAUGGCAUUAUUUAUCACAUGACGAAUGUGAAAAAGAACCACAAUCAACUUUCGUUCAAUGGUUAUUGAAUUCCCCUGACUUCCCUGCACCUGAACCUUCAGAUAUUAAGACUCCAGGGCAAGCUGCUUCGAAAGGUGCUGAUUUUUUAAGUUUGUUGCAAUUAGAUAAUGGUAUUUUUCCAUGUCAAUACAAGGGACCAAUGUUUAUGACAAUUGGUUAUAUCGUUGCAAAUUAUUUUUCAAAAACAGAAAUCCCAGAACCAUAUAGACAUGAAAUGAUUCGUUAUAUUGUAAAUACUGCUCAUCCUGUUGAUGGCGGUUGGGGAUUACAUUCCAUUGAUAAGUCAACAUGUUUUGGUACCACUAUGAACUAUGUAUGUCUUCGAUUGUUAGGAAUGAAAAAGGACCACCCAGUUUUAGUUAAAGCAAGAAAAACAUUGCACCAUUUAGGAGGUGCGCUUAAGAAUCCACAUUGGGGUAAGUCUUGGUUGUCUCUUUUGAACUUAUACGAAUGGGAAGGUGUCAACCCUGCAUUACCUGAAUUAUGGACUUUACCAUAUAGUUUACCAAUUCAUCCAGGUAAAUGGUGGGUUCAUACAAGAGCUAUUUAUUUACCAUUGGGUUAUGUUUCUUCCAAUGGAGUUCAAUGUGAACUUGAUCCACUUUUAAUAGAAAUAAGAAACGAAAUUUACACACCAAGUCAAUUACCUUAUGAAUCGAUUGAUUUCUCCAAACAUAGAAAUGAUGUUUCUGGGGUUGAUUUGUACUAUCCUCAUUCAAAAUUACUUGAUUUUUCUAAUGCAAUUUUACAUAAAUGGGAACGUAUAAGACCAAAAUGGAUUUUGAACUGGGUUAAUAGUGUCGUUUAUGAUCAAAUUGAAAAGGAAUUGGUCAACACAGAAUAUUUGUGUAUUGCACCAGUUAGUUUUGCAUUCAAUAUGGUUGCUGUAUGCUAUCAUGAAGGUCCAGAUUCCGAGAAUUUCAAGAAACUUCAAGCAAGAAUGAAUGAUGUGUUGUUUCAUGGUCCACAAGGGAUGACUGUUAUGGGUACAAAUGGUGUUCAAGUCUGGGAUGCGGCAUUUAUGGUUCAAUAUUUCUUUAUGAGUGGUUUAGUAGACAAUCCAAAAUAUCAUGAUAUGAUCAGAAAAAGUUAUUUAUUUUUGGUUAGAUCACAAUUUACUGAAGAUUGUGUGCCAGGAAGUUAUAGAGACAGACGUAAAGGAGCAUGGCCAUUCAGUACCAAAGAACAAGGGUAUACUGUUAGCGACUGUACUGCGGAAGCCAUGAAAGCUAUUAUUAUGGUUAGAAAUCAUGAAAGCUUUGCUGAUGUUAGAGACGUCAUCAAGGAUGAAAACUUGUACGAUGCCGUUGAAGUUUUAUUGCAGAUCCAAAAUGUUGGAGAUUGGGAAUAUGGUUCAUUUUCAACAUACGAAGGCAUCAAGGCAACCUUGUUUUUAGAAAACUUGAAUCCUGCUGAAGUGUUCAAUAACAUUAUGGUGGAGUAUCCUUAUGUUGAGUGUACUGAUUCGUCUGUUUUGGGUCUUACCUAUUUUGCUAAGUACUAUCCAGAUUAUAAGCCAGAAUUGAUUCAAAAAACAAUUUCUAUUGCCAUCCAAUACAUUAUUGAUACCCAAGAUAAAAUUGAUGGUUCAUGGUAUGGGUGCUGGGGUAUAUGUUAUACAUAUGCUUCUAUGUUUGCCUUAGAAGCUUUAAGUACUGUUGGGCUUGAUUAUGAAUCAUCUUCUGCUGUUCAAAGAGGGUGUGAUUUCCUUAUUUCUAAGCAGUUGCCAGAUGGUGGUUGGUCUGAAUGUAUGAAAGGUUGUGAGACUCAUUCGUAUGUUAAUGCUGAACAGUCCCUUGUGGUUCAAUCUGCUUGGGCUUUGAUCGGAUUGAUUUUGGCAAAUUACCCAGAUAAGGAGCCAAUCAAGAGAGGUAUUCAAUUCUUGAUGAAACGACAAUUACCUACUGGUGAAUGGAAAUAUGAAGAUAUUGAAGGUGUUUUCAAUCAUAGUUGUGCUAUUGAGUACCCUUCAUAUAGAUUCUUGUUUCCUAUCAAAGCCCUUGGGUUAUAUAGAAAGAAGUUUGGUGAUGAGGAAUUGUAG